UUCUGUCCCCAGCCCCCCCAUUUCCAGGCAGAACCAAGAAGGGAGGUGGUGAGUAACGUGCCUCUUCUGCUGCUCCUGCAUUCCCUGGGCUGGCGUUUAGGGAGUCUUGGGGGUAGUGCACCCUUUGGCGUCUGUUGGGCCUCCGCGGCUCAGACACUGGAAUGGAUGAAGGUUUAAAACAGAGAGUUUUUAACUCCCCGCUGGUAGAUACCUUCCUGUGGAAUUGGGGCCAUAUAAAACCGUAAUUCAUUACUGUUAAUUAGUGAAAGCCCAGGCAUUACGAUACAUUAGGUGUAUUUCAGAAUGAGAGUGAAUGGUGUGGUAUUUUUUUUUAAUGGUGAUCAAAUCUCCAUCUCUUAAUAAUGCAUGUAUUGACAAGUGCGUUGUGUUUCACGGAAAUGGCUUUUGGUUCAGGUGUUGCACUGGAUCAAUGCGGUUUAAUGCCUGUUUUUUCCCCCUGUUUUAUUUUGCUGUCUCUCAGUAUUAUAUGCCAAGUGCUGGUGUUGAAUUACUAUUGGGGUUGAAAAAGUUUUGGGAAUUUUCAAAGUUAGAAACUUUCCAUGGGAAUUAAUGGACAUGAAUUGGAAAUUUACAAAAUGACAGGUUAGCUUUUAGCAGAGAACUUAAAUGUAGUUAAAAUAACAUCUUUACACUAAUAGUGAUAUCAUUGUGUUACCAAGUGCUUUUAAGUUAUGUGUGUGCAAAUGCACGUCAAAAUAAGCAUGAAAAUGCACUGCUUACAAGCAAUAUUCUGUGUCGUAUUAUUCAUACAGUUUGCUUUCUUUGCCGUAUCUGACAGUAUUUCCCAAAUUCCUCAGGUUAGUUUCCCAUGCAAAGUUUCUGCCCCUUUGCAAGCCGAAUUACCACACUAAGUUUCUCUGACAUUUGGAGUGAAUUGCUUUAAUACUUUAUUUCAGCUUCUCUCUGCUCAUAACUCUGCACGUACCACAUCAGUGAACUUAUCCCCCUUUAUUCCGCUUGGUCUUUUCAGCGUCAGCCACGCGCUUUGCCCCCAGUGCCGAGUCAGGCCAAUGAUCUUGCCUGGAGAGCUAUGUCAAGUUUAAGAAGGGUGACACUCCUGUGCUGGACGUCAUCACGGAGAGAGAGAGUCAGAGGAGUGUUCACAGGUGACACAGGAUGAAAAGGCUUAUGGGUAGUUUGUUGGUGUGGUACCCUUGAACUUUAAUAUAAAUCAUAUAGAUGCUAUUAGUAAAUUUAUUUGCAUGACUUCUUUAUAGCACAGCCCAUUUAUGCUAAAAUUAUUCACUAAAGCAUUUAAUUCUUGUAAAUUAACUUUCAUUGGAGCACAACAGUCAACAACAGUGUUUCUUGAGUGGAAGAGGUCCCUGUGCUGAAAUUCUGUCCUGGCUUCUCCCUGCCUGCUUCUGCCCUCCUCAUGCUAUUGAUGCGUUUCUCUCUCUCUCUCUCUCUCUCUCUCUCCCCCCCUCUCAUUUUUCAUGUUUGUGGACAACUGAAGCGAAGACACUGGAGACGAAAUGCGACUCGCCAAAACCCGCAGGAAGAAGCAGAAAAGGGAGGCCAGUGAAGCAGGAGAUGCAGAGGAACCAGGGGUGGAAAUGGAUCGAGUUACCAAUGGAAGGCAGUCUGAAAGCCAGGAGCCCCUCACUCCAGAACACCAAGAAGUCGCUCCACACAGGAGGAGGAAGAAGAAGAAGAUGCAAGCCAUUGAUGUGGAUGAAGACAACCUAGUGAAUGGGGAUGGCGAAGGGCAUCACACAGAUGGGGAGGAACUGACCCGGAAAAACAGGAAAACGAAGAAGCCCAAAAUGGCUGAGCUGCAGUAUGCGAGUGAUCUUGACGUGCAAGAUGACGACAUCGUAACGGAUGUCCAGGCACCAGUCACCCAGAUUUCUCUGUUUUCAGCCCCGACUGGCCAUAGCCAGCCUGUCAGCAAAGUGUUUGUGGAGAGGAGCAGACGGUUCCAGGCCGCAGACCGCUUUGACCUGGGCGGGUCCAUUGGCCAGGUGGAGGACUACAUGGAGGUGAGACCCUUGUGGAGCACCAGGGACGUGGCCAUGAAGGUGCACAGUGGAUUCAGAGUAAUGGGACUCUUCUCACAUGGGUUCUUGGCGGGUUAUGCGGUAUGGAACAUUAUCACGGUGUACGUCCUGGCCGGCGACCAGCUCACGGCCUUGCCCAACUUGCUCCAGCAAUACCACAUGCUCGCCUACCCAUCCCAGUCCCUCCUAUACCUCCUGCUGUCCAUCAGCAUCAUCUCCACCUUCGACAGGGUGAACCUGGCUGAGGCUUCAGCGGCCCUCAGGAGUUUCCUCACUCUGGACCCCGCAGCACUUUCCUCCUUCUUGUACUUUGCAGCACUGAUCCUCUCACUCAGCCAGCAGAUGGCCAGCGACCGCAUCAACCUCUAUCCCACCAGCAAUGAGACCUUGUGGCCCCCAGGCUCUGAGCUCCAAGUCCUACAGCCAUGGAUUGUGGUGAACCUAGUGGUGGCUGUACUGGUCAGUCUGGCCUGGAUCUUCAUCUCCACUAGGCAUGAUGUGGACUUCACUGAGGAAUUCUUAUUGGCAAUGGAUGUGGACGGCUGUAUAAGACAGGAAGAGAAACCAGAGGUCCUUGCCUGAAGGAGUUUUCUGUCCAGCUUUCUUCCUGCUCAUUUCGGAUAAUUUCCACCAUAUUCUAAAUACUUGUUUCUCAGCGUAUCGCUGAAACGAUAUAAAGGUUUUACCCAAAGUGUUUAUUCGGGUGCUUUUAAGAAACUGUUUUUGCGCCUGUAAACUGUAUAUAUGCUUUUUGGUGCACUGAGUAAAUCUCUUAAAAAAAUACAGUAUUGCCCUAAUUUUGAA